GACUUUGUCAUCGGUCUCAGCAUACUGUCACGUGGCUCGAUAGACGAAAAAUUACGUUGGACGUUUUCCCUUUACGACAUCAACGGGGACGGCUGCAUUACGAGAGAAGAAAUGACGGACAUAGUAUCUGCAGUCUACGAUCUCAUGGGAAAAUUUGCUGACCCAACUUUGGACCACGAAGGCAUCAGAGAAAAAGUCGACCUAAUGUUUCAGAAAAUGGAUGGAAAUAAGGACGGUGUAGUAACACUUUCGGAAUUUCUGGAAGCAUGUCAGGCUGAUCCGGAUAUUUCAACGAGUAUGGCGGCAUUGGACACGGCCUUCUGACACUCGGCACGACCACGAUACACACCAUGGACUUGAACGAACGAGGGAAACUCAGAGUCCUUUGGCUGCUGGAGAUCGAUCGUUUGCCAUUUGUACAUUGUAACUUCCUGGAACAUAGGAAGCAUCUUUCACGAGGAGGUGGUGACUCGAAUCAACGUGUGUGUCCUCCCCAGGAGGAUUCCAAAGUUGUUGUCUUGUUCGCACGUCCUUUUCGAAUUGAUCUCGUUUAAAACAAAUAAAAAGUGUACGAAACAAAUGAAACAAGAAAAAGUUACU